AUGCACGGCACGCGGCAGACGCCGCCCCAGCCCGGCAGGGCCUCGGGCCCGGCCCCCCGCGCCCCGCGCCCCGCCUCGGCGGCGGACUCGGCCUGCAGCCUGGACCCCGGCGGCGAGGAGGAGGAAGGAGGCGGCCCGGCCGCUCGCUCCCCGCCGGCCAGCGAGCGCAGCCUGGAGUUCGACUCGGGCUACUCGGAGGCGUCGGGGGGCACGUGGAGGGAAGAGGAGGCGCCCGUGCGGCGCCGGCAUCUGCUGCCCUGCCAACGCGCACACCGGCUCUCCGCCGGCCCCGCCGCCCCGCCGCCCGCCCCCGCCCGCCGUGUGCGCCCCAAAUCCACCUCGGACGCCUGCCUGGAGCAGUGGCGGGCCCUGGAGCCCGCCGACACGCAGGACUGGACCGUAGCGCUGCUGUCGCAGAGCCGGAACCGGCAGCCUCUGGUGCUGGGCGACAACUGCUUCGCUGACCUGGUGGAGAACUGGAUGGACCUGCCCGAGGUGGGCGCCGAGCCGCGCCGCCGGGCCCCCGCCGAGCCCUCCCGCCGGCUGGCCAAGCCUCCCGCCUUCCUGCUCAGCCUCUCGGGCAACGUGCGCCGCAAGCUGGCCAGCAUGGCCCGGCCCCGGGGCACCGACGGUGCCCGCCCGGGGGGCCGCGACGCCACCAAGCGUUUCUCCUGCCCGCUGGGGCUGGGGGGACAGCCCAAGGGCGCCUGCUUCCACCAGUCGCACAGCAACAUCGCCCAGCUGGCCACGGACUUCCACCGCUUCACCGCCUUGAUGAACAGUCGCAGCCGCCAGCCCAUCAUCUGCAACGACGUUAUCGGCUACAUUUAGCCCGGCUGCUGCGGCGGCCCGCACCCCCACCCUGUAAAUAAACCCCCGUUUUAUACGGUC